AUGAAAACGCGACCCAACCGGAUUCAAGUGUUUCGAAAAGAAAGUAGAAGAGACGGAAUCAAAAUGAACACUCGAGGACUUCGCUCUCAGCUGAAAGAUAGUGUACCUGUGGCAGGCUUGUGUCCGCAGGGAGCUUAUGGAGUGCAGGACACUCUGCGGAGCGGCUUUACCAGCGUAAAAAAUGAGCUUCUUCCAAGCCACCAGCUGGAGCUGUCAGAGAGAAAUUACCAGCCAAACCAGGACAAGAUGAACUUCUCUACACUCAGAAACAUCCAGGGCCUUCAUGCUCCGCUGAAACUGCAGAUGGAGUACAGGGCAGCUAGACAGAUCCAGCGCCUGCCAUUCUUACAGAGUUCAAACCUGGCUAUGGACAUUCUGCGAGGCAAUGACGAGUCCGUCGGCUUUGAGGACAUCCUCAACGAUCCAGCCCAGAGUGAGAUGAUGGGCGAGCCGCACAUGAUGGUGGAAUACAAACUGGGACUGUUGUGAAGAAAGAUGGACGCACAGCUACACACACGUAGAUUUAGGGUCAUUAUUUGUCUGCAUACAUUGUUUAUCUGCUGUGUUGAAACAGUCACUCAGUGCUGUUUUUGUAUGAUUCCAAUCCAGUUGGUAUUUCUAAUAAACUUCAUAACCUUCCUCUA